AUGGAUGCUACUACCGCGGACCAUAGAGCCGUGACUGAAGCAUUUGUGCAUCUGCAGCCACCGUUGCUUCCGCCCCCGUCGCUGGCCGGCCCAACAGCAGCAACGGAGCAACCACCAACAUUUGCGCGGGAGCUUCAGACCCUCUCGCUUGGAGCUGCCGCGGAACGUCACCUAGGGUCAACAUCUGGCUUAUCAUUCGCCAAGAUCACGCAGAAGACUUUGAAGCGACUGACACCAGAUAAGGCGGACUUUGUCUUUGCUCCAAACCAAGAAGACGUAGCCGGAGCGUCUUUCUUCAACUUCAAUUCGCCAUCUGACGUAUUCAACGACAGCCUUUAUCAAGACUUGAGCGAGUCAAUCUCCAUCCACCCAGUUUUGUUCGGUGAUCUGUUCCUAGCCGACCACGCAGUGAUGACUCCUAAUGUUGGGGAUCUAGCUUGGCCAAGCGACGAGCAGCACGUCCAACACCUCGUGAAUUUCUACUUUGCUCACUCACACACAUUGUAUCCCAUUUUAGACCAGGAAGAGGUCUUGGGAACGCUGGGGAAGAUCCGCGGAAAGCCCCAUGAGCUUGCCAACCACUCCGCUUUGCAGAACUUUAGACUGUGGAUGAUUCUGGCCAUUGGCUCCACCGCGUACUCGUCCCUCUCGCUGACGGAGGAGUCGGAGUCAAUGGGGUACUACGAAAAGGCUUUACAGUAUGCUGAUCAGGCCCUGGAGCAAGACGAAAUGGUGCAUGUGCCCACCGACAGCACAAAACUCGGCUGA